AUGAGUGAAAUGAAUUGCACUAAAUUAGCAAUUUUUAAUGAAAACCCUUUAAAAAAAUAGCAUUUGUAUUAAAAACAUAAAGAAUUAGAGGUUAUAUUAAGCUCUCCUUAAUUAAAUAAAAAACAUAUUGUAUUUUGUAAACGAAUUGAAUAACUUGAUUUAAGUAACUAAGGUUUAAGUGAGAUUAAUAAAGAAAAGUUAAAUAAUAUAUGGAUUAUUAAAUUAGAUUUGUCUCAUAAUUGCAUUCGAUUAUAUGGUGAUGAAUUUAAGAUAUUAUAAAAUUUAAGAAUAUUAGAUAUAUAAAAUAAUUAUCUUAAAAUUUUACCUUUUAAUGUAAUGUCUUUCAUGUGAUUUUUAGUUUAAUAAAUUUCAUCCCCAAUUAUAGAAUUUAGAUAUUUCAAAUAAUUAUCUCACUAUUAUGCCAUAAAUGCCAGAUGAACUAAUUUCUAGCUAAUUUUACAUUAGUUGCAAACCUAAAUCUUAUGGUUGUUUAUGGAAACUUAUUCGAAAAAAUAAUAAAGACAUUUUUUCUGAAUAUUUNGAGUAUGAAAUAUUGUAAGCUAUUGUACAUAUUUUUCACAAUCCAAAUUGGUCUGAGACAGAUGCUCCUGCUAACCCAAUGUUUUCAAAAUUAGAACAUUAGGAGAAAUAAUAGAUCUAAUUAAGAUAAGCUCAAUAUUUAGAAUAUUUCUGUAAGACAUCAUGA